GUCAAGUCUUCUGAAAAACAAAAACAAAACCAUUCUACACUUUCAGUGUCACUCCUUCUCUGUUGUGACUUGUGACUUCACAUUCCUCUUUCAGUUUCAAAUUUCAACCAAGCAAGAGGCAUUGUGUUUGGGAAAUUUGGAAUUUAGGGUUACUUGUUCGCGCGGGAACUAAAACACUGAUAUUGAUUGUUGUAAUCGCAUCUUUUGGCACAACACAACUCUUUUUCUUUUUGGUUCUUUUUUCGUGGGGUCUGAUUAGAGCUGAAGAGGAAGAUGGUUGAACGAAAGCAAUUCAAGACAAGGUUAUGUGUUCCUUAUCAGAGAGGACGCUGCACGCGUCAUAAUUGCAACUUUGCGCAUGGUAAUGCUGAGUUGCGAAGGUUCUCUGCCACUUAUAAUGGGAAGCUCUAUUACUAUUCAUUAUUAUGUUUCUCAGUUUCUCUUAUUAUUCCAGUUAAUGGUAGGAAAGACUUAGCCAAUGACUUGAGGGAUACACUAGACAGAAGGUAUUUAUCACCUCGAAGACACUCACCAACUCGAGAUGGUAGAGGACACCAGGCCAUUCAUGAACACAGUCCGUCAAGAUCCAUGGAGAAAAAAAGUGACAGAAGACAUUGGAGAAAACAGGGCAUUACUGGCCAAAGUGAUAUUUCUGCAAGCUUGAAAGUCUCAGAUAGAAUUCAAGAUCCGGUUAAAGAAGGAAAAUUCGUUUCUUCUUGUUCUAGAAAUACACUUGAGGAGCAGUUAAAGAAAGUACAGUUGGAUAUCAGGACUUUUGAGGACCGAAAAUUCCAACUAUCGGUUUACCUGGAUGAGAGUGCUCAAGAAGUGGAUAGCCUUAAUUCUAGAAUUCAGGAACUUGAAGCUCAGUUAGUUAAAGAGAAUGAGGAGUGUAAAAGAAUCAAUUCAGGAAUAAGGAAGUUUAUCAGAGUGUACAAUCAUAAUUCGCAGCUACAAGAAGAACUGAAGAGAUCACAAGUCCGACUUCAAAAGCUUGGUGAUCAGCUUGUCUCGGAUAUUGCUAGAAUUGGUGCUGAGGAAGAAGAUCUAAGCAUUGAUAUUGUAAGCAAUGGUGAGAAUAAUAGUCAUCCUCCAAUCCCCAAACAUAAUGCCGAGAAGAAUGAUGCAUCUCCCUAUGGAAAAAAGCUGCAUGUGCAUGCUGAGCAGGAUGUAUUGGAAGAGUUAAAACAAGAUAGAUCAAAAGUUGGGAAUUCGGUUGAAACAAGAAGAAACAGGAAGCGAUCUCGUUGGAAUUUGCCUGCUCAAUUGAAUGACAAGGAUAAUGUAGGCCUUGAAACUCCAAACGAUGGAACUGAAGAUGCUAGGCCUUUAGAUAUUGAAAGCAAGCAGAAGAGAGGAAAGCUGAAUUCUUCUUCUGACAACCUUUCUUCAGAGAAGUUGAAGGAAUUUAGGAAUGAAAUGCCGUCAACAAGCAUGGCAGCUCAUGUGUUUGACGAGGAAGUUGAGAUUGUAUUUGAUGAUAGAAUUGACCUCAACGAAACUGCACAUACAGAAAAUGACAAUGAAGUGGCAUUAGAGGUGAAGGGCGUACCCCUUAUGCUUCCCCCAGCGUUGAUUCCCCAUACCAAUUAUUCGCAGUACGAGGGGGACGACGAGAAUGUGGACGUGGAUGGUCUUGAUGAAGGGGGAAAUGUGGAUAUUGUCUGAUUAACAUUAUGGAGUAGCAAUUUCUAACCUCUGGUGAUGUAAAAGUAGAUUUUGAAAGCGACCAAAUAUCUUGAAUAGAGCAUUUUGGAAUACGUUAGGAUGUAAAACGGUGGAAGAAACACAUGACGUUAGUACUUUGUCUUCAUGGGGUUGUAAAGUUUUAUAACGGUGGAUGUGCUUUCCUAUGAUGAUGUGCUUGAAGCGUAGAUGAAUGUCUAUAUACUGUAGCACUUAUUAGUGAUGUGAUUUAUACAGAACACUUGUAUAAUAGUCUUCAUGACUCGGAUUUUCGGUGGUUCAGCUUCAAUUAUUGGAAUGGGUUUAUAUUAUUAACCAUAA